CUGACUGCAAACACGGAAACAUAGUGACGCCAGUGUAGUUAUAUUCAGUUUUUGAUUUCCUGCAAUUUAAGCAUCCGUGAUUGAAAGCACGACUUUGUACGUAAAAUACAUAAUCGGUUUGUGUGUUUGAUUUCUUUCUCCCGUUUUAUGGAUUUGUUGCAGCUUCUGUCAUGGGCCUGCAUCCUGUUCACGGUCGGGAUGUUCUCAACUGGACUGACCGACCUGAAGAAGAUGCGAGAGUCCAAAAGUGCUGACAAUAUCCAGUUUCUCCCUUUCCUCACCACAUGUCUUAAUAACCUGGGCUGGUUGUAUUAUGGGAUCCUGAAGAAAGACCAAACGAUUUUCCUGGUCAACGUAAUUGGAGCCCUACUGCAGAUCCUCUACAUCUUCAUGUACCUCAACUACACAAAACAAAAGAGGCUGGUGAUGUCCCAGACCCUAGCAGCAGGGACGGUGCUGAUCUGCUGUUGGUUCUACUUCACCACCUUUCUCCCUGAGGGAGACACCCGGCUCAGCCAGCUAGGCCUCACCUGCAGUGUGGUCACAGUCAGCAUGUACCUGUCCCCGCUCACCAACCUGGUGGAGAUAGUGCGUAGUGGUAAUGUUCAGUGCCUGUCCUUCCCUCUGACUGUAGCCACCUUCUUCACUUCAACCUCCUGGGUCCUCUACGGCCUCCAGCUAAACGACUACUAUAUUGUGGUUCCAAACACACCUGGAAUCUUUACCAGCCUCAUUAGAUUUUAUCUGUUUAGGAGAUUUACGUCCGUAAAUCAAAGCUCGCCUUCCUAUAAACCUAUGCAUAUAUGAGGAUAUGGAGGGGGGGUAUGACAGUGAAAGGAGAUGACAGAUCUGUUGACUCCACGGAGGGCUACUGUAAAGGUCUCUCAUCACUCGUUUUGGAUUUUUAAUCAUACGGAGAGACAAGAGUUAUAUGGAGAGAAACACACUGUCACUGGACAACAUCAUUGACGAAGUGGAGAUAAUUUCUUGUGUUUCGGGGAGGUACAUCAGUUAAUUAGUGGGAAAAUAUGAUCUCUUCAAUUCAGUUUAACUAUUUUUUGUCUGCAGCUAUUUGUUAAACCUGUGACCUGUGUCUCAUCUCUGUGUCCUUCAAGUGCCUUCUGUUAGAUCAUGUUUGCCAUUAAAGACAAAUGGCAUUUGCUGAUCUACCAGUAUGUCAGGAGACUUGCUACCUGCCAUUGAAUCUCCUUCUCAUACCAGCCAAAGAUUUUGUGGAGUUGUAACUUGCUGAUUUUAAAAUUACAUAUAGUUACUCUGGUCCUUGGUACCCAUGUAUAGAAUAAGGUACUAUAUGGUUUCAUAUUUUUCCCAGUUUCAUUUUGGUACUUGUGCCUCCGUUUUACCAUACAGACGAAUAUUUAGUCAUAUCAGUGGCCGUAAAUGAUAUAAUCAGAAUUGUUUUCUAUAUUUCUGUUUUCUAUUCUUUUUGUUCUAUACAGAAUUUGUAUGUUGGCUUAUGUCCAAGAUCCAACAUUGUCUACCUAUAUUGUUAAAGCUAUUUUUAUAAGCUCUUGUAUAUGAGAUUAUAUCAAAUAAGAAAAUAAAUUAACACCAUAGGGUUUGUUUACAAGAAUGUAUGUUUAUUUUUCUGGUGACUGCUUGUCAUGGCUAAUUCUUGGUUGUCUCCUCAUUUUCUGUAAUAAGGACAUAUGUUGUGCAAAUUAAACAGCCAAGCAUCAGUGCUGAUUGACUCCCUUCUAAAGGAUGUAAGAUCUUUAAACGGGCCAUGUAAAUAAAUUUUUACCUUAAACAUCA